AUGGAUAUUCUAGCUGCAAUGUCGAUGUUGAAUCAUCUCAGCAACACUGAUUUCGGAGAAAUAUUGAACGAUGAUGGAAGAUUCGAGGAAGUUGUCAAUGACAUAAAACAGUUUAAAGAAUUGGAAUCUGAAAAGGAAGUUCUGAUCGCUGGAAAUCGUUCUCUGGCCGAAGUCAAUCUAGAAAAGCAACCUCUACUCGAGGAGAAUAAAAAAACAUUACAUGAACUGUCUGAAAGAAAGGCUGUAAAGAAUCGGAAGUAA